AUGGACCUUCCCAGUCUCACAGCCACCUGCUCCUGGACAGGCUGCGAAACGACCCUCGAUCCCCUCUCGUGCCACUACGCCUGCCCAGACCAUGUGGACAAUGCGAGGCUCCGGAAUGAGAGAAUCAGCUGCAAGAAGGAUUUCGAGAAGAAGCACGAAAGAUGGUGUCGACCAAGGGAGGUGGCGACGAUGAUGAAGGAUGUGGAGAAGGUCAGAUUACCUGGGUUCACUGUCUUUCCGAACGAAGCAUACUUGAGGGAGUCGUUCCAAAGCAGCCUGACUAGCCAUCGCAUUAUGAAGCGCCCUUUCGACUUUCGUGGGCAGUUUACUGUCCGACCGAAGAUUAGACCUAGGAACGAGGAGGGGGAGGCUUUGGCUUGGAUUCGGGGUAUAGCACGAUUCUUUAUCGCAGAUGAUGACCUUGUUUUCGGAAAGAACAUCCCUUAUCGAUUUGGGGAAUGGACUGUCGAAUUUUCCUCGGCGAGUGUGGGCAUCUCAUUGCGCUGUAGCCAAUCGGUCGAAGCUCUGCCGGCUGAAAGAAAGCCAUGUCGUCCAUCCCCCAUUCCCAUCCAAAGCGAACGCUCUGCUUCACCAUACGAUGCAAGUCCCUCCCAGCGCGAGCGCUCUGCUUCGCCCUCUCCUCCAACCACUCUCAAGCGCAAACGCUCCGCUUCAAACUUUCCCACCACCGACGCGAAUGAUCCCCCAGACGCUAGAGACCAUUUCGAGUGUGAUGGCCGACUCGACAUCUUAUACUCGGCCGACACAUCUAUCCUCACCCUCACUUCUUCCCACAGCAUCCCCCACGUUCCCUAUAACGGUGAAAAGGCGUACACAGAAGAGGACGCUGAGCGGACGCGCGCAGAAAUGCAAGAACAGGCAGACAUGUUGGAAGAGCUGGGGGAAAGCUUGCGAGAGCGUUUAAAGAAGGACCAGGUGGAUUUCGGAGACAGUGCGUAUUUUUCAGCGAUGUUGGACAGGGUGAGAGAGCUGUCGGAGAAGAUGACUUUGCUUGAGGAGAAGCAGGAGCAGGAGAGGCAGCUGGAACAGCGCGGAAAGAAGGAGGCGACAGGGCGGUGGCGCAGGAAGUUGUCGGCGGAGUCAAUGUUGCCGUAG